AUGAGCGAUUUCUGUCCUCCGCCAUUACGUGCACCUACAGCAUGUGUUGCGUGCAAUAAAAAGAAGGUUCGCUGUAUCUUCGACGGGAAUCCCGAUGUAUGUGUGAACUGCCAGCGGCAUCAAUGGCCCUGUUCUCGACGAGAGCGCAAGAGAAAAAGAGCCCAUAGUAAUGAUGGUGACUCUGGCGUCAAUGAUACCGAAGCGGUUAAUAGGAGACGGAUGAACUGGGAACAGCCGACAGGCAACUUUAGUCCUAUCGGCUCAGUCAGAUCUCUACGUACAAGCUCUGAGUAUGACCAAGAUCGGAAUGAGUGCCACAAGACCAGCCAAAGUAGAGCUGGUACUGGAGACCAUGCGCCGAUCACACCAGGCUCCAAUCCAUAUUCAUCCGCUUCGACUUUAAGCUUCAUGGCACGCUCUCGCUACUUUGGUGACGCAGUGGCAAUAAACGAAGAACAGGCUAGAUCUUACCCAGAAGGAGACGCAGAUGGGCCAACUGAAGAUGACAUUCAGCUGCUCAGACUGCAAGGUGCAUUCGAUCUCCCACCACGAGCCAUCCGAGAAGGGUUGAUUAACACAUUUAUGGAACGAUGUUCACCAUGGAUGCCGAUAAUUGAGCGGAGCUGGCUAGAAGAAAGCGGCUCCCAGAAGCCGUCCAUACUCCUUCUCCAGUCUAUUUUCGUCGCUGCGAGCCGAGUCACGUCUGCACCGGCUGUGACUGCGUAUGCAUCUUUGCAUCAAUUUUAUCGUCGCGCAAAAGCCCUGUUCUGGUCUGGAUACGAGAGAAACCCAGUGACUGUCGUUGCAGCAGUGUGCAUUUUGCAUUGGUAUAACCCAGAAGGCCCUGAACAUGUGUCCACCAAUACUAGUGGAUUCUGGCGAUAUGUGGGAGUUGGGUUAGCUCAUCAGAUUGGAUUGCAUAAGGAACCAACGAAUAAAAGAGAUGCUGCCCUGAGGCGCAGACUGUGGUGGACUCUAUAUGCUAGAGAUUGUUGCAUUUCUGCAGGACAGGGCCGGCCACUAGCAGUGGACCUGGAGGAUUGUGAGGUGGCACCGCCUUGCCCUGAGGAUUUCCACGAUUCAAGCUCAAAUGCUACUCUGUUUAUCGCAUAUGUCGAGAUCAGUUCUAUUCUGGGCCAUCUCACUGAGUACUGUCGUCGCAAGACUCUCACACGUGAGGCUCGACAGAACCUCGAGAAUCGUUUAUAUCGAUGGACACGCGAUCUUCCACCAUCACUGCGCUUGUUUUGCCUCCAGAGUAUUUCAGAAGAUGCAGCACUACCGAAAAGAACAUUGGCCCGAUACAACUUUGAAGCACGUCAGCUCCACAUUCCAUACUUUACCUGCCUCGCAAUCCUGUGUCGACCAAACCCCGGAGAGUCUGCGUCACUAGGAGUGCUUUUAGCAUCGUCUUUUAUGGCAGGAAUAUUCGAAGAUUUCCUCGCUCGAGAUGAGAUCCAAUUCCUAAGCCCAGUGUUCACAUUCCACCUUCUGGCUGCCGGGAUCGGGCUUCUAUCGUGUAAUAACGUACCCUCACACCGGGAGAAGGCAGCAGGUAGCUUGGAAUCCAUUUACCUGGCUCUCGAGGAACUCGCGAAACGCUGGUCAUCAGCGAAAGGCAGCCUAAGGGCGUUGAAGAGCAUUGCUGAAAAGCAGCGAAGCGCAUCGACAGUAGACGAAAUGCCGUCGAUGACGCUCUGUAGAGAACAUCAACCCUUUUUCGAGGGAUUUGGCCCGGAUCUUUCCUGGGCUUGGUCAUAUUUCAUGGAUCUCGGACAAGCGGGGCAUGAUGGCAGCACAAAUCGCUUUAUGGUAGCCGGGACCCCAGAGGUGCUAGGAGAUUGGGCCGAGUCCCGGGCACCGGAUGCUAUAUCUUCGGAUGAGUACAGACCACUAACGACGAUUUUGGACCGCAAUGAAGGCAUCACUGUGGGAGACCUGUCGCAGGAUAUUCCAGGUGACUUCUUUAAUCAAUAUCAGGGAAUGGGGGAUUGGCUGUUCAAGGAUUUAGAAUGGAAUGGCGAGAUCGCCUGGUAG